AUGUCAGAUUUUGGACCAAUAACUUUAAAAUGGGACCCGAAGAAUUUAGAAAUCCGUACUAUGUCGGUAGAAAAAACCCUGGAGCCUCUAGUUCUCCAGGUAACGACACUAGUAAACACGAAGGGGCCGAGUAAGAAGAAAAAAGGCAAGUCGAAACGUGCUAGCGCAUUGGUGGGAACUGUGGAGAAAGCAACAGCUAAUUUUAUCGAACGUGGUGAGCAAAUCGCUUAUGAAAACCCAGAUAUCACCGCAGAAAUGCUGUGUGCCGUCGAAGAGGUUCGCAAGACGGGAGCUGCCAUGAGUAUCGCGGCCAGAGAAUUUUCCGAGGACCCUUGCUCCUCAUUGAAACGCGGCAACAUGGUAAGAGCUGCGCGAAAUUUGCUGUCAGCUGUCACGCGUCUUCUGAUACUCGCGGACAUGGUAGACGUCCAUUUGCUGCUCAAGUCGCUGCAUGUCGUGGAGGACGACUUGAGAAAGCUGGAGAACGCUUCCUCGCAGCAGGAGUUGCUGGAGAACAUAAAGCAGUUUGGACGAAACGCGUCUGAGCUGAUGAACCAGGCAGCCAAGAGACAACAAGAACUCAAGGAUCCGCAGCUCCGCGAUGACCUGGCUGCCGCGCGAGCUGUUCUCAAGAAACACUCUACUAUGCUGCUGACCGCCUCCAAGGUCUACGUUCGCCAUCCAGAGCUAGCUGCUGCGAAAGCUAACCGCGACUAUGUGCUAAAACAAGUUUGCGAGGCUGUCAAUACUAUUAAUGAUGUCGCACAAGGAAAAAUGCCUCUUGACAGUCAACAUCCUUACGAUGGACCCGGUGAACUCGCUGCUGCCCUGGAUGACUUCGAUGAACGCAUGGUCAUGUCGCCGCUUGCUUACAAUGAAGUACGCACUAGACCUAGUCUUGAGGAGCGACUUGAAAGUAUUAUUAGUGGUGCGGCUCUCAUGGCAGACUCGUCUUGCACUCGUGACGAGAGACGCGAAAGGAUUGUAGCUGAGUGCAAUGCUGUCAGACAGGCUCUGCAAGAUUUACUCAGUGAAUAUAUGAAUAAUAUGGGCGUAAAGGAGCAGUCAGAAGGCCUGGAGCGUGCUAUAGAUCACAUGUGUCGUAAAACUCGAGAUCUCCGUCGUCAACUCCGCAAAGCAGUGGUGGACCACGUGUCUGACAGUUUUCUGGAGACCAACGUCCCACUGUUGGUCCUGAUAGAAGCUGCUCGCAAUGGCAGAGACAAGGAAGUCGAGGAGUACGCUCUGGUAUUCACCGAGCACGCAAACAAGCUGGUAGAAGUCGCGAAUUUAGUUUGCAGUAUGUCUGGAAACGAAGACGGCGUUAAAAUGGUCCGGUACGCCGCAGCGCAGAUUGAAAAUCUCUGUCCGCAAGUAAUAAACGCGGCACGUGUGCUGGCAGCACGUCCGCAGUCUAGAGUCGCGCUGGACAACAUGGAAGUUUUUAGACAAGCUUGGGAGAACCAGGUCCGAGUUCUCACCGAAGCAGUCGAUGACAUUACCACAAUCGACGACUUCCUUGCGGUUUCAGAGAACCAUAUCCUCGAAGAUGUCAACAAGUGCGUUCUUGCACUCCAAGAAGGCGACGCUGACACUUUGGAUCGCACUGCUGGAGCGAUUCGCGGUCGAUCAGCGAGAGUUUGCAAUGUGGUCCAGGCAGAAAUGGACAAUUACGAGCCUUGCAUUUACACCAAGCGUGUCUUGGAAGCUGUUAAAGUUUUACGGGAGCAAGUGAUGCCUAAAUUCGCCCAGAGAGUUGAGAUAGCCGUAGACGCGCUGAGCAGCAUCCCUGCAAAGGACGUCGACGAGAAUGACUUCAUUGAUGCAUCAAGACUCGUUUACGACGGGGUCAGAGAAAUCAGGCGAGCUGUUUUGAUGAAUCGUGCUGACGAAGAUCUCGACCCGGAGGACGUCGAACUGGACGAACACUACACCCUGGAGACUCGCAGUAAAUCCAGUGCUCAGACUGGAGAACACGGUGUUGAUGAAUACCCAGAGAUCAGUGGUAUUACCACAGCUCGCGAAGCUAUGCGCAAAAUGCCCGAGGAAGACAAGCAGAAGAUUCUGCAGCAGGUCGAGUACUUUAGGAGCGAAAAGCUUAAAUUUGACAAGGAAGUUGCCAAGUGGGAUGACGCUGGUAAUGACAUUAUUGUGCUUGCUAAGCACAUGUGCAUGAUUAUGAUGGAGAUGACGGAUUUCACGCGAGGUCGUGGUCCUUUGAAGACUACUAUGGACGUCAUCACUGCGGCUAAGAAAAUUUCUGAGGCUGGUACCAAGUUGGACAAAUUGACCAGACAAAUUGCUGACCAGUGUCCUGAGAGCUCCACCAAGAAGGACUUGCUUGCUUACUUGCAGAGAAUCGCGCUUUAUUGUCAUCAGAUGAAUAUUACUAGUAAAGUUAAGGCUGAUGUUCAGAAUAUUAGUGGAGAGCUUAUUGUUUCUGGGCUGGACAGCGCUACGUCGCUUAUUCAAGCUGCUAAGAACUUGAUGAAUGCUGUGGUUCUUACUGUCAAGGCUUCGUAUGUUGCGUCUACUAAAUAUCCUAGGCAGUCUAAUGUCACUUCACCAAUAGUUGUCUGGAAAAUGAAAGCACCGGAGAAAAAACCACUAGUACGUCCAGAACGGCCUGAAGAAGUAAGAGCUAAAGUACGAAAGGGCUCGCAGAAGAAAGUACAGAAUCCAAUUCACGCACUAUCGGAAUUCCAAAGUCCGACGGAUACUGUAUAA